ACCGUUUAUAGGUUGUGGAAUUAUGGCUGAUUCUGCUGAAUCAUCUCGUGUUAUAUUGAUCCCGAUUGAUGGCAGUGAUCAUUGUGAUAGGGCAUUUCGUUGGUACUUGGAAAAUAUGAAACGUGACACUGACUGCAUAACAUUUGUACACGUAAUAGAGCCAGUUUAUAACACUCCAGCCAUUGGAAUGACAAUGGAAUCUCCUCCAAUACCUGACAUGACACGGGUUAUGGAAGAAAGCAUUGAACAAGGUAAAAAGCUUGGUCAGAAGUAUAUGCACGAAGCUAAAAGUUACAAGCUCAAUGCUAAGGCGUUUUUACAUGUUGAUACCAAACCUGGUAGCUCUCUAGUAAAAGCAAUUUCAGACCAUAAGGCAAACGUUAUUCUGAUGGGCAAUCGUGGUCUUGGAGCUAUUCGUCGUACAUUCUUGGGGAGUGUUAGCGAUUAUGUUCUUCAUCACGCUCAUAUCCCUGUAGUUAUCGUCCCACCUCAAGAGAAACAAUAACUUUUUCUUCAGUUAUAAUAUCCAUUCUCCAUUUAGGAGUUAGAAAUUAUUACUUUGUAAUGUAUCGUCUUUCAAUAUGAGAUUAUCGAUACUUUGAAUUUAGUUAAUUUAUACAUACUCCCUGUGAUAUUUUAUAAAUGACAAAUUAUAUUAAAACAUUCUAAACAAGAUUCGUUGCUUAGUUACUGUCGAGUAUUUUGACAACACUGUGUAUAAUACUCCAAUAAGAUUUACAUUUUUGCCGAAAAUCAUAUGACAUAUUUAAUUUCAGCCGUAAUGAAGUAAAACUUUUUUCAAUAAUAGAAAUACAAUAAAUAUCAAUUAAUAUAGUAUCAGUUUUCCGGUGACAUGUGAAACAUUUCAAAUGCAUUAUACAGAUUGUUCGCUUGUAUUUCUGUGAAUUCAUGCUUCAAUUCAAUAUCUUUUCUUUUAAGCAGUGGAAUUUCAUUUAAUUAAGUUACUAGUUGAUGAUUUGGCCAUGUAAUUGAAAUGUUAAUAAGAAACGUAGAUAUGCUUGUUUAUUUUUCUAUAAAUGAUCAACUAUUCAUUAGUCCUGACAGUAUUGUGUAUUUAAAUGGUAGUGUGAUUAUUCCUUGUUUAUCAUGUAAACCAGAGCUUGAUUACCUCCGUAGCGAACAUUCCUUGGUUUGUUUUUGGAGUUCGGGAAUAAAAUCUGUGAUAUUUUGGUCACCUUAACGAAUCAUUUUGUCAAAUUUCACUCUACAUUCAAAGGCUUGUACUUUUCAUAUGAAUGAUCAAUAAUUCCUUUACAUUUUCAUACGGCAAUA